AAGGAUAUAGUAUCUUAAAAUAAAAUCGUUUAAUAAUUUCGAGUCGAGUUGAUUUUCAAGGUCGAUUUUGUAUCGUAGAUGACAAUCGUGUAUAUUCAGUGUUAAUUUUAUUUUAAUUGUUGCUGAACAACUGGGUGCAGUGUCGUGUGGCGACAUCUUUUCAGAGCUUUGACGGCGCAAGCGCUGCGCAGACUGCUGGCCGAUAACUUAUCGGCGCCGGGAUUUAGUUGCCGGUAAGGAAGUACUUUGUAGUCGGAGUGAUAACAACAGUAAACAUUGCGUGAUGCGAAUGAGAUUUCAGUAUAAACUCGUGCAUUUAAAAGUGCGCCGUAAGCAGUGCUGAAUCUAGCUCAUUUGGUAAUGACCACUCUGGUUCAUAAGAGAUCGCAAACCGAGACAUUGUCGUCGCUCUUAUUAGAAUACGUAACAACACCAUAAUUUCGAACGAGUAUAAUUAGAAAACUAACAGCUUAAUUAUGCACCAAGCCUUAAUAUGUCUAUGCCAAUUUGUCUAAGUGCGCAAGAUAAGACUGCAACGGGCCCCGUCGACUGUCGCAUUACUGACGCGUCGUUUUCGACAGCCUACUAUACCAUUGUGCGAAUCUUGAUUUCAAUCCACCUAUCAUUAACCCAGAAUAAUAGAACAGUUUUUUUUUAUCAUCCACCUUUUUAUUUUCGCGAUCUUCUUAUUACUCCGUGUGUACACUGAAUUAAUAGGUAGACUUUCAAUCAACCUUCAGGGGCUCCGAGGCAUUAUUUAUUUAACGCGUAUAUACUCCGAGAGCGGAGGAACAAUGGCGAGCAGUUUCGCGCGCCGACGACAUUGUAUUUUUAAAUUUUUAUUUAUACGAACGUUUAAACGUGACGAGCCGUCGAACGUAGCGACUGCUGCACUGGAUGCAGCGCGGAGUAGCCGCGUGUGGCGAUCAAUACUCACAAACACACUCGUCCCGAGCGAAACGACUGUCUCGCGCGGAGCUUUCGCUUCUCGCUACAGCGGGACGAUUAAUCAAACGAAUUAGUCUAUUCGUGUGGGGUGUGCGUAUAACGGCUUUCUUCGUCCAAUUCCUGCACGCCUUGGUCUCUUUUUCGAAAAAUUAAUUAUCGCCUUAGAAGAAUGAUCUUUGGUGUACGAGAGCUUUUUAUGGAACUCGGGAACGCGAUGAAGAACGAUUUAUAGAUAUUAACUUUGAGCUGAAAGAAACUUUUUAUUUCAAUCCCAUCGAAAUCGCUUGAGAAUAACGAUCGACUUUUACAACGCUCUCACCCAUUGUUGUCUGCUCUUCUGCGGCACCGCGUAGUGAAAUAAACGGAAAAUUACGAGGGUCGUAUAAGGUCUGUUUGAUUAUCGCGAAAUGGUGCGCAGUUUCUAUACGAGCGCGCGACCCAACCUGAGCCGAGGCUGCCCCAAUUAUUAACAUUUUCCCGGUGGGAUUUUUGAGACCACGGCGACUUUCUGCGCAAAACGAAGCUCGAAGCUUCCGAGUUUCCGCCUAACGAGACCUAAAACGAAUUGCAGCGUCGUCUCGGUGUGGUUUUACUUUAACUUUGCACUUGGCUCAUCGGUAAUCCUUAAGCGCAACUUUGAAUACGACGCUUGUAUAGUCAUUAACCAGUUCUUUAAAUAGAUCUAGAUAAGAAAUGUCGCUAUAAGUUUCUUUUAUUCUAGAAGCUUAAAAAAUGGCGCAGCACCGUCUGCAGCGAAAGGUUAAACGCUUAUCAGCGAACACUUAUCUUAUCACAGCGAAACGUCCAGCAACCCACCCAGAAGCUGGAAGUCGGUCAGAAACGAUCUAUCCGCGCUCGCGAUUAAUUCAAGUUAAGCUCGACCCGAAGCUCCUCUGUACAGAAACAGCCAUUCGCUACAAGGAAAAUCUCUGCGGCCGUCGACAAGGCGUCUCGCUAUGUAGCGUCUUGGCUCAUUAGCACGAUUACCGGCGACGUUCGAGGUAGUUAUGUACACCCGCUGAACUAAUUAGCGAGCAUCACCGCGCGCGUGCGCAAAACAACAUUAACGCGGUCGCGUCUAUUACGAUGGAAAAUUCAUUGACCGCGAGCGAGCGACUUUUUUGUUGAUUAGUAUGUAAAUUUUCGCGCGUCGCAUAUAAUAAUUAAUUCGCGUUCGUUUCUCCUCUACGCGGGAAUGUUGAAUAAGACGCUGCGAGUGUAAUCCGGAUGACGUAAUAUGCGUUUUAUAUACCUAUAUAGUCGAAGUAUCAAUUGAUAAGUAUCGAUUGAAUAUGCCGCGCUGCACUUGAAAUUUUAAAAUACCGACCGUGCGAUAUCUCGAGGUAAGAAUGAAAAUUUCAAAAAGCUUGUUUCUUCGUAGGAAAAAAAAUCGAAAGCGGAGCAAUGAAAGCGAUAUCCUUCUAUAAUAUCGAGUAAAAAAUCCAACGGAGCGUCGUAAAGCGAAAAUCCACAAAAGCCGCGAUAAGAGUAUAAGUAUACAAGAUGAUGUGUUGGAACAUCGGGAAAGCCGUAUGAUUCGAUGCAGAUAACCGUCCGAUAAAUCCCCUGCCAUUCAGUGCGUAAUGGACAAAAAAAAAACGCUGUCAUCAGUCCAGCUCAUUUCUACAUCAUCCAAUAAAAACUCGAACGCGACAUGUAUCCAAUCGAGCUCCUCAUGUGUACUCGCAAUAAUAACCGGCCAUCGCGGCAUAUCUCUUCGCGGACAAGCUCGCGCAAGUACACCGGCAAGAGUCAGUGCAUUCGAUGGAGCGACGAGUGCAGGCUCGCGAAGACUCGAGCUCUGUGGUGUUGUGUGUACUUUUGACUCGGACGUCUAUACUGUGCAGAGUCGCGGAAGGAAGCCGUAUAACGAUCGUCACCCCCUGGGCUGUGACUGUGUAUAAUACGCCGAUGUCUCGGGUCACCGCUGUUGUUGUUGGAUUAACUCGAGAGCUGGAGAGUUGAGGUGCCAAGGCCGCGGACGAGGAGCAUCGUCGGAGAAAAAUAGAAGAAAAGCCGAGAGAAAAAGAAGAAGAAAGCCGCCCGGCAGCAGCAGCGGCGACGCGCAGGCUCUCUUUCGCUCACGCACAUACACACACACACAGCACGUCGAAGAGUCGCGCCACCCGAUCGUACACACUACUACAAAGCCAGGCGUCCAACCCGACGACUCGUUCUCCCUCCCCGGAGCCGCAGCACACACAGCAGUAUAACAUCAGCAGCAGAACACACUACUCUAUAGGCGCGGGCAGAGUGGCGCGCUGCUCGAGCCUCUUUUCGCGCGCUCUUUCCGUGUGACAGGAGCCCUCCCGUUUCUCUCUGCAGUGCAGACUCUCCGAACCGUCCCCGUGUGCUACAGCAGUCCUCGCCGCGAGUACAUAUAGGAAGUGCGUGCGGUGCGUGAUCGAGAAAUGGCGACGACGGUGAGCUGCAGCGUCGGGACGACCAUCACCGAGACCGACGACAGGAACAAUAAGCAGCAGCACGUCGAGGGCGGGACGCGCCGUCGCAACGGCUACUCCAAGACUCUCAACGGACACGCGUCGUUUAUCGGCGAUGGCAAGAACAACAGAAACCUGCCACCCAAGUCGUCCAGGUACAAGGAGUCCUUUGAAAAAGUGCCAUUCAUAACAGCAGCUCUCACGCAUUUUGGAUUUUAUAUACUUAUGUUCUUGGGCUUCAUCAACCAGCUGCUCUUCACUCCGAACGUCGCCAAGGAACGAAAGAGAAAGGGAUAUGCCCCGCUUUACGAGAGUUUCGAGCAGUUCUACCUGAGGUAUGUGUACAGAAGAUUGAAAGACUGCUGGAAUAGACCAAUUUGUUCAGUACCUGGAGGAACUGUCACGCUCAAAGAUAGAGUGACCCAUGACUAUGGAUGGACUUUUGAAUUUACUGGUACAACAACGGAAUGCAUAAACCUCGGUUCCUACAAUUACCUGGGAUUUGCCGAGUCAUCGGGAGCAUGCGCUCAAGAAAGCAUAAAAACUCUGAAGGAGUUCGGGUGUGCCGGUUGCAGUCCCCGAUUAGAAUUAGGAAACAUGCCCAUACAUGACGAAUUAGAAAAGUUAACAGCCAGGUUCCUGGGUGUAGAAGAUGCCAUAGUUUUUGGAAUGGGCUUUGCUACGAAUGCUUUAAAUUUACCGUCGUUAAUCUCAAAAGGAUGCCUCGUCCUGAGUGAUGAAAAGAAUCACGCUUCGCUUAUUCUAGGAUUACGACUGUCUGGUGCUACUACUAGAGUCUUCGAGCACAACAACGUUGAGCAUUUAGAAAAAUGCUUGAAAAAGGCUAUUUUAUCCGGACAGCCGGGUACUGGAGAGCCGUGGAAAAAAAUUGUAAUAGUCGUUGAAGGUAUUUACUCAAUGGAAGGAUCUAUUGUACAUCUUCCAGAAAUAAUAAAGCUUAAGCAAAAGUAUAAGGCCUACCUUUAUCUGGACGAAGCGCACAGUACAGGAGCAAUGGGCAAACGUGGACGAGGAGUGUGUGAUUAUUACGGUGUUGAUCCGCGUGAUGUCGACAUUCUCAUGGGAACAUUUACCAAGAGUUUUGGUUCAGCUGGUGGUUACAUUGCAGGAACAAAGGCUUUAAUUAAUCAUCUAAGAGUAUACAGUCACGCGCACACUUAUGCAGUAGCCAUGUCGCCUCCAAUUGCUCAACAGAUUAUUACUUCAAUGAAAAUUAUUAUUGGUGAAGAUGGUACUGACGCUGGCAAAAAGCGAAUUAAACAAUUAGCACGGAACACUAGAUAUUUCAGGCGUAGAUUAAACCAAAUAGGUGUAAUUAUUUAUGGAAAUGAGGAUUCACCUGUAAUACCUAUGCUGGUAUAUCUCUAUUCGAAAAUUGGCACCGUAGUAAGAACCCUGACAACGCGAAAUAUCGCGAGUGUGGGUGUUGGCUUCCCUGCAACUCCAUUAAUGGAAGGAAGAAUAAGAUUUUGCUUAUCAGCAGCACAUACCAAGGAACAGCUCGAUUACGUCUUGAAAAAUAUCGAAGACAUUUCUGACACUCUUGGAUUAAAAUAUUCAAAGAAACCACGCGAUCCUAAUUCAAUAGAGUAUUAUUCAGAUAGUGAAACGGAAUGACCUACCUCAUAGCAUAAGAAGCUGUAAAAAGGCAAUUGAACUUUCCGCCAAUGACAAUAGCGCUGAAAACCGCCUCAAAUUCACUUUUGAAAUUUUUGCGCGACGCGCUUACAGUCGAAUGCAGGUUGACAUGAUAUUUCAAUAGAGCUUUUUGCAAGAAAUACGGUGAAAGGAUGUUUGAGUGAUACGCGAUUUGGCUUAACACAAGGGGAACAGUCUCAGGCAGAUCAAGUGUACAUCGAAAAAUUCAAGACAACUUCAUCAUACACAUUUACUGUUCAAUCAGUAGAGAUACUUGAAUUCUGUUCCUAAGUUCAAUAAUUUUUGGCAAACCUAUAGGGAUUGAAAACAAUCUUCAUUUCAAGGCAUCCUAAAAAUUGAAAGACUAUAGAUCUUUCAAUGAUGAACAAAAGACACUUGUUAAACUUGUACAUUAUAAUUGACGCUGCCUUACAACACUGCAUACUUUCUACAAAUGCAGUAUUAUAAUAUAGCAUAAGCAUUUGAUUAGAACAGCUCUUAUUGCGUUUUAAUAAUUUAUGGUCUUUCAUAAAUAUAUCUCUACAAAACAUUUAUUUUCAAUUCAUUACAUCAUAAGUAUCUUUAUUACUGCGUAAAUUCCAUGUGUUUUAUAGAUUUCUACCUAUAUUGUAUAGAGUUCUAAGUUAUUUUUAAGUAAAAACUUGGAAAACUGAUCUAAAAUCAAAAAAUCAAACAUAGCUUGCUUCUUCAAAGUUGUACAUACAUAUACUCUUAAAUUUUUUUUAACUGUGUAUAUACAAAUAUAUAUAAUAUUUCUCCUACCAAAUUCGAGCCUCAAUAUUUGAAUUUAACUAACUGUUGAAGAGUCCAUUUUUGUCUAUAUAAAAUAAUUAUUAUCUCUUAAAACUUACAGAAUUUAACUUUGACAAACUCACCUUUCAAUCUAUUUCUGAAUGAAGCUACAUUUUAAGUGCAAUAAUUCUACUUACAAAAUACAUUGAAUUCUGCCAUAAAAGAGCAUUAAGAAAAAAUAAUAAAUUGAAAAUAAACAUGAAAGCACUCAUUUUAUAACUUGUGUAACUUAAAAUUAAUCAUUUCAUGUUCUUGUUGUGUUUGAUAUUUGAGUUUUAGGUAUAAAAAAAUGGUCCCAUUAUUUAUAAAUACCUGUUGUAUAUGUCAUAGCUGAUUAUAUUUUGCAUAAUUCAUAUUCAAGCACGCACAAAAAAAUGUACACAAAUUUUUUCAUUAUAUUUGAAUAUAAAGAAAGGAUAUUUCAUAUACAUAAGCCUUGACAGAUGUUUUGGCAACAAUCAUCAACAUUGCAAACAUAUCUUUUGAUCACCAUAUGUGAUUUCAUGUUGCACACGCAUACAUUCCUAAUAUGACCACAAGUUUAUUUUUGUAACAAGUACAGAACAAUCUUGUGUAAAAUAUAUUAAUAUUAAACAAAA